AGCUUAGGAUCAACAUGCAAAUCAAAAAAAUGUUAAUCAACCCCUACCCUUAGUUUCUUUGAGAGAUGUCUCUCAGACUCAAUCCAUUUAAAUUUAAUGUCUAUUUACAUUAUUCUUAAUGCCUACUUAUGAUAUCUUUAAUGUCUACUCAUAAUAUCUUAAAUGCCUACUUAUAUUGUUUUUAAUGCCCACUUGCAAUAUUUCGAAAAAAAUAUAAUGGGUCUACCUAAUUAGAGAUAAUCUCUCAAAGAAACCGUCUCUCACAAGAAUUUGUAUUUAUUUUAUUUUAGUCUAUUUUAUUUAUAUGCAAUUUAUUUAUUUUUAUUUUAUGUUUAAGGGUCAAACUUGUGUGAUAAGAUGUAGACUUGCGGAGCUAGUUGUAGGUUCAUUCAGUCAUAUUCAUUGCAGGAAUUCCUCUUGUUUUUUCUCGAGUCGAGGGACCUUUUAGCCGCGUGCUUCUUUAUGGUAUGAGUUGUCGCCUUUUUUCUUUUCAUACCCUAAUCAUAAUUUUUUAUGACAUGAUACAUUGAGUAUGAUGAUGAUGACACACGUUAAAAAGCCAGAGAUGGCUGCACUCAAUUUCCCAAGUAAAAUCCACCCAAACAAAGGAGUUGUGUUAAUGCAAUUGCACUAAAAUAAACAAAUGCUCAAAAACAAAAAGCAAAAGGUGAAAAGUAAGCUAAGAUCAAAAUAAAUAUGGUGGGUGACUCCAUAUCCAUCCUUAAAUACAAGUAUUUUCAACUACUUUUAGAAUACCAAAGCCCAAAACAUGCUACACUUUCACUUAUUAGCACUUUCCCUUCCAUUCAUCAUCAUCCUUAAGCUCAUCUACACCUUCCUAUGGGUCCCAUGGAGGAUCCAACACCAUUUCAAGAAUCAAGGCAUAGUGGGUCCCCCAUACUAUCCUAUCCUAGGAAAUACGGGUCAGAUCCGACGGAUGUAUGCUGAAGCCCAAUCCAAGCCCAUGCAAAUUGGGCUUCAUGAUAUAAGUAAAAGGGUGAUGCCAUUUUACCAUAAAUGGUCUGCCCAAUAUGGGAAGACUUUUCUUUACUGGUUUGGAUCCAAGCCCAUGCUUGCAAUUUCGGAUCCGGAUAUGAUCAAAGAAGUAUUGAUGAAUACUAAUAAUGAUUGUUUUGCAAGAUUAAAGUUUAAUCCAUUGUCUAAGAUGUUGUUUGGUGAUGGCCUUGUUGGGCUUGAGGGCCAUCAAUGGGCUUUUCAUCGUCGUAUUGCUACUCAAGCUUUUAAUAUGGAAAGAGUCAAGAGUUGGAUACCAGAUAUUGUUGCUAGUACACAAAAGACUCUAAGAAAGUGGGAGGAAAGCAAGGGUUCACAAGAAGAAUUUGAAGUUGAGGUGCAUCAAGAACUUCACAAUCUUAGUGCUGAUAUCAUUUCAAGAACAGCUUUUGGAAGCAAUUAUGAAGAAGGAAAGCAAAUUUUUGAAUUGCAACAACAACAAAUGCACCUUGUGUCCCUUGCUCUUAGAUCUAUCUACAUUCCCGGAUUUAGGUUUUUGCCAACCGCGAAAAACAGGGAGAGGUGGAGGCUAGAUAAGGAAACUAGAGACUCGAUAAGGUUGUUGAUCAUGAAAAAUCAUACCGAGACUGAGGCAAACAACUUGGUUAGUUUGUUAAUGUCAGCCAUUGAGUAUGAUGCUGAUGAUGGAAAAGAAAGGAGGUUGAGCAUUGAUGAAGUAAUAGAUGAGUGCAAGACUUUUUACUUUGCAGGAAAAGAAACAACAGCUAAUCUUCUAACUUGGGCACUAAUUCUACUAGCUACCCAUCAAGAAUGGCAAAUUGAAGCCAGGAAAGAAGUGCUUCAAAUUUGUGGUGUUGAUGGCAUCCCUACAAUCCAAAACAUCAAUGAUUUUAAGCUUAUCAAUAUGAUAAUAAACGAAACACUUCGGCUAUAUCCUCCUGCUGUCAUGUUAAAGAGAAGAAGCACAAAAAAAUUAAAACUGGGGAAUCUGAUUGUUCCGACAGAGACACAAUUGUAUUUAGCCAUGACCGAUGUCCAUCACGAUGUCAAUAUUUGGGGUGAAGAUGCUAAUAAGUUCAAUCCUUUGAGAUUUUUACAACCUAGGAAACAUGUUGCUGCAUUUUUCCCUUUCUCAAUAGGUUCAAGAGUUUGUGUGGGACAAAAUCUAGCCAUGGUGGAGUCAAGAAUUGUUCUAGCCAUGAUUGUUAAGGAAUAUAAGUUUGUGCUGUCCCCAACAUAUGUUCAUGCACCUAUGCAACUAAUGACCUUGCAACCCCAAUAUGGUGCUCAUAUCCUUUUUCAAAAAAUAUGAUUUCUAUGCCUGGACCCACCUUUGUGAAUAACCAUGAAGUCACCGUAGAGUUAGGUCUAUACUGUUUUGUUCUUUUGAGUUUACUACUGAAAGUAAAAUAUUGUGAAAAAAUAUCGAUUUUCAUAGUAAAAUAAAAAAGAUAGAGGGAGUAAUAAUGUUUAUCAUAAGAAAGAAUAUGAUAUGUAGAAUGUACUCCGCUUUGAUGUAUCGUGGUAAAAAUUUCUCUCGUGAUUAUUUAUGAUGUAAGCGACAUGAGAAUGAUGUGAGCAGAGUAAGUUGGGUUGAAAAUUUUUGAUGGUCUUGAUAGUAUUUUAAUGAUGGGUUUUCUUAAGGCUAAAAUACAAUUAGACAUGAUUGAUUUAUAAAUUACUCGAUCUAUUAAAGUUUGAACUUUGAACAUAGACCUAUUAAAAUUAUUAUUUUGGUAGG